CCCGAGCCGUCGGACGAGGACGCGCCGAGCUCCGACGACCUGGAGCAGUUCGCCAAGCAGUUCAAGCAGCGGCGGAUCAAGCUGGGCUUCACGCAGGCCGACGUGGGGCUGGCGCUCGGUACCCUCUACGGGAACGUCUUCUCGCAGACCACCAUCUGCCGCUUCGAGGCGCUGCAGCUGAGCUUCAAGAACAUGUGCAAGCUGAAGCCUCUGCUCAACAAGUGGCUGGAGGAGACGGACUCCAGCACGGGCAGCCCCACCAACCUGGACAAGAUCGCGGCGCAGGGCAGGAAGCGCAAGAAGCGCACCUCCAUCGAGGUGGGCGUCAAGGGCGCCCUGGAGAACCACUUCCUCAAGUGCCCCAAGCCCUCGGCGCACGAGAUCACCUCCCUGGCGGACUCCCUGCAGCUGGAGAAGGAGGUGGUGCGGGUCUGGUUCUGCAACCGGCGGCAGAAGGAGAAGCGCAUGACGCCGGCCGGGCUCCCGCACCCGCCCAUGGAGGACGUUUACGCACAGGCGGACACUUCGCCGCUGGCUCAUUAG